AUGACCAGUCCAUCUUGCAUCCUCAUCGCCUUGGUGCUCAAGAGCAGCCACACUGGGAGUCUCAAAGUCCAGCAGAUUUACAAAUUCACCAGGGAGCACUUCCCCUUCUUUCAGACGGCGCUAGACGGCUGGAAGAACACCAUCCACCACAACCUGUGCUUCAACAACAGCUUCCGCAAAACCUGCAACCAGGUGUUCAGAGAUGGCAAGAGGAAGUCGUGCUUCUGGCACCUGACUCUGGAUGGCCACCGCCGGCUAAAGGACGAGAUCCGCACGUUGAUGGGAGAAUCCCUCAAGCAGCUGGAGAGGAGCAUGUCGCGCCCAGAUGUAAUUCAGGGUUUGUUUGCACUGAGUGACUGCAGGUGUAGAAGGUAUCAACUAGUUUAA